GUUUUCGUUGAUCUCAAACCGUCCGAAAUGGUAACAUGUAGAUUUAAGGGGCAAGCAUUCCAGAUUACUCGUUCUGAUUCUAUGCCAAGGUGGUAUGUCACCAGCAGUUUGUCUAUGCCAAAAAUUAUUGCUAACACGGACGAUGAAUCUCUGAAUUAUGUAAAAGAUUUUACAGACAAAAGACAAUACCAGCGUAGAAUUGAUGAUAAGUCACAUCCAUUAACUCCACAACAAAGAUUCCAGAUGUUUAAAAUGGACAAAAAAGAAACAAAUACAAGAUUUAAAAUCAUUCCAACACCAUUAUCUGUUCAAGUGAAAGAGAAAGUAGAAAUGGAAUUUAAUACAAAGCAAUGGGUUAUUAUUAAGUCUGAUCCAUUUUUACAGGAGAUUAAACAUUUUUCAGAUGAGCUGUCAAUGAAAAUUGUAAAGUCUAAACCAAUGAGAAAGUAUAUCGAGAUAAGGGAAGGUCCUGUUAUAGUGGACAUGGAUGAAGUAUCUAAAGAAAACAAGGAUGGUUACAGUAUUGAAGCUUUUUCAUCUAGAGAAUAUAUUAUUGUUACCGCAGCAACAAAUGAAGCUUUAUUUUAUGCAUUCCAAACUUUGAGUAGUAUUUUCUUUACACCGGAAGCCCGUACAAGUGUUGGUAUACCAAUAAUGUUACCAGAGUUUACUAUCAAAGAUGCACCAAGAUUCUCUUAUAGAGGUCUACAUAUAGAUGUAUCCCGUAAUUUUAUAAAAGUUGAAGAAAUUUUAAAGAUCAUUAAUAUAAUGUCAAUGUACAAGAUGAAUAAACUACAUCUACAUUUAUCAGAUGAUGAAGGCUGGAGACUUGAAAUACCUGGAAUACCAGAGUUAACACAGGUGGGAUCUUCACGCUGUCAUGAUCUCAAAGAAGAGCAGUGUAUUUUACCUAUGCUUGGAUCAGGGCCUUACUCUAAUACAUCAGGAUCUGGAUAUUUUAGUGUCGGGGACUACAGAGAAAUUCUCCUUAAUGCAAAAGAACGUCAUAUAGAAGUUAUACCAGAAUUUGAUAUGCCUGGACACAGUAGGGCAGCUAUAAAGUCUAUUCAUUCCAAAUCACAGCGUUCGAUACGUAAAGACAUGAAAGCAAACCUAUACUCUAUUAUAGACAGUGAAGAUGUACCUAAAUUUAAAUCAGGUCAACAUUUCACUGAUGAUGUCAUGAACCCGUGCAUGGAUUCCACGUAUGAUUUUGUCAAGAAGAUCAUAAUGGAAGUAAAGAAGAUGCAUCAAGAUAUACAGCCUCUAAAAUUUUACCACUUUGGUGGUGAUGAGGUGGCUCAGGGAGCAUGGGAUGGUUCCCCUGAAUGUAGGAAACUCAAAAAGCCAACAGGAGAAAACAUGGGUCAGUAUGAUUUGAUGAAAUAUUUUAUCAACAAUCUUACACGUAUUGCCUUGGAAGAAUCUAUGUCUGUAGGAGCUUGGGAAGAUGGCAUGAUAUCACAUGACAUUGAAAACGUAGGAUUACCUUUCCCACGUGAUGCAUUUAAAAACAAAGAUAUAUAUGUGUAUGUAUGGAAGAGACCUUCAGAGUCACGAACCCCACACAGAGCUAAACUGUUUGCUAAUAAAGGCUAUAAGGUUAUAUUAGCAUAUGGAACAUAUCUGUAUUUUGAUCACCCAUAUGAACCUGACCCGGAGGAGAGAGGGUUGUACUGGGCUACUAGAAAAAUCUCUACAAGAGAUGCCUGGGGAUUUACACCAUCUAUUAUGUUUAAUGAUAACCAUUUGGAGUGUCCCGAACAAAUAACAAACAAAAAAGAAUGCUAUGAACUCAUUAAACCAGAAAACAUUAUGGGAAUUCAAGCAGAAUUGUGGACAGAAACUGUCAGAACUGAUGAACAAGCUGAAUUUAUGUUGUUUCCAAGACUUUUGUCGGUAGCGGAGAGGGGUUGGCAUAAGUCAUCAUUUGAAGAUUUGAAGGGAAAUGCAGCAGAAAAAAUGAAAGGAAAGGAAUGGCAAGCUUUCUCAGAAUGUAUUGGUUAUCAUGAGUUACCUAGGCUUGAUAGAAAGGAUGUUAGAUAUAGAGUUCCUCCCCCUGGUGCCAUUGUAAUAUCUGGAAAAGCUAGUUUUAAUACAGAGUUCCCUGGUUUAGAUGUGGAAUAUUUCUCAACGGAUACUAAUACCUGGAAACUGGUAUCACAUGGAAUGCUGGUUGAAUAUCCAAUUAGACUUAGAACAAGGUCCACCGAUGGAAAGCGAUACAGUAGAGAAGUCUGGCUUAAUCCGGCACUUGCAAAUAGGGCUGUUUCCUUUUUAUAUAGUGCAUACAAUGCACACACUUUGAUAUACAAUGCCAUUUCUUUGUUAAUAUAUUUAUAUCUUAUAAAUAUUGUGAUAAAAUCACAGGUAAAAACCUGAUAUUUUAAUUGUUUUGUAUGUCUCUUUUAAUUCUUUUUAUAUUGUACGGAAAUAAUAUUAUUGUAAUAUUUAUAAAACAAUAUCAUUUAUGAUAUCUUUUAUUGUACAUGCAAGAAAUGUUAAUCUAGUCUGAUCAUUUUGGAUGUGUGUUCAUAGCGUUACUAAGAAAUGAUAUGUAAUUUUUUAAACAUUUUUUUAUAACUUUUUUAAAACUUUUAUUACAGUAUAUUCUACAGCAUUUUUUGUGCCAUAUAUACAAAAAAUCUGGUGUUCUCAAUGUUGUUUCUUAGAGGAUUUUUUGAUUAUAGAGCUACAUGUAGGAACUGCUAUUGCUUUCUAAUUUUAUGUAGUUCAUUGAUAGUGUCUCUGAUUGAAAGAACUUGAUUUUUUCAGUGUGUUCAAAAUUGAAAGAUUAAAUCAAGGUAAUGAGUUCAAUCACAAGAAUUUAACAGGAAAAAGUCUAUUUUACAAACUGGCUGUGCUGGUUUUAUAUAUGUAGCCUUUUAACAACAAGAUACUGGUGAUUAAAACACUAUCAACUUAUACAAUAUCGGAAUAUAGAGAGGGGUCAUUGAAAUUUAUUUUGGGGAUAUAACGUUACUGUUGCUAAUUAGAACUCUUUUUUUUAAAGUAUGUUUUAAUUAUUGGAAAUUGUUCAUGAUGGUUUAUUGUUAUAUUUUGUUAUGUAUACAUUUGUGUUUCAUGUAUAAACAUGACAAGAUUUGUAACUG